AUGGGUCUCAAAUUGAAAGAUUUCAAUCCACUUCCAAAGCUCGAAGAGGAAGCGGGCCCAAAGAAGAUAGCUUUAGCCCUAAGUAUCAAUGUCCCGACUGUUCUAGACAAUUGGGUUGAGAAAGGGGGUUUCGAAGGUUUUGCCAUGAUGUUCUUGGAAGAUUUAGCUCUGAAGUUCAAGAAAAAAGGAAAUUGGAAUGCAUUCUAUGUUAUGUUGGCUUUAUUGAUCCAUGGGAUUGUGCUCUUCCAAAACGUUGAAAAAUGUGUGGAUCAGGUAGCCAUAGAAGUCUUUCUCUCUGGCAAUCCUGUACCAUUUCUCUUAGCUGACAUUUACCAUGCCCUUCAUGCUCGACAUGAAAAGAGGGGUGGAACUUUGUUGUGCUGUGCUCCUUUGCUUUAUACUUGGUUCAUGCAACAUAUGCCCAAAAAAGGCCCUUUUGUGGCAAAGGAACUUAAAUCUCCUCAAAGACUAGCUUCUCUCACUGCAAGUUCCAUCCGAUGGUAUAUCCGAGAGUGGGAAACCCCAUACAUUAUUGUCAGUUAUGGGGAAUUUCCUAAUGUACCGUUGUUAGGUACUAAGGGUUGCAUCAAUUAUAACCCUAUGUUAUCUCGAAUGCAACACGGCUACUCCAUGGAUGGUCCUCCUAACGCAAAGGACUUACAGCCAUUUGUGUUCUUUGACAUCCAAGCAAGUAAUACUGAUGUAAGAGCGAUCUGA